CCAAGGCCCAAAAGCGUCGACGUUCCUCAAGAUUUCUAUGGCCCCGACGACCGUCCCCACCGCUUCGGCAAUCGAAGUGCCCGAAACCCUCUUGAAAAAGAGGAAACAAAAUGAAAAGGCUCGUGAAGAGCGCCUAGCUGCCGCUGCUGCUGCCCGUAAGGCAUCGAAAGCCAAACGAACGGUCAUCUUCAAGCGUGCUGAGGCUUAUGUGAAGGAAUACCAGGCAAAGGAGAGGGAGGAGAUCAGACUGAAACGGGCGGCACGGACGGCCGGUGACUUUUACGUUCCUGCCCAACCCAAGGUGUACUUUGUGGUUAGGAUUAGGGGUAUCAACGAGAUCGCCCCCAAGCCCCGAAAAAUUCUCCAGCUCCUCCGACUUCUGCAGAUUAACAAUGGUGUCUUCGUCAAGGUCACGAAGGCUACGCAGCAGAUGCUCCGUCUUGUUGAGCCUUAUAUCACCUACGGCGAGCCCAACCUCAAGUCCGUCCGUGAACUGAUCUACAAGCGCGGUUACGGGAAGGUUGACAAGCAACGCAUCCCCCUCUCCAACAACGCCGUCAUCGAAGAGGCUCUUGGCAAGUACAACAUCCUCUGUAUCGAGGACCUUGUCCACGAAAUUUCUACCGCCGGUCCCAACUUCAAGCAGGCAUCGAAUUUCCUGUGGCCGUUCAAGCUCUCCAACCCCAAUGGUGGCUGGAGGACACGGAAGUUCAAGCAUUUCGUCCAGGGUGGUGACUUUGGUGACCGCGAGACCAACAUCAACGCCCUCAUUCGGCAAAUGAACUAGGGGUCCUUUGGGGAGUGCGGUUCGGCGUCGUAUUCUACUAUAUGCUUGUAUUGCCCCAUCCAUGAUAACAAUGCAUACAGUUAUGUCUAAGGCCAA